GGGCCGCGCACAGAUUUUUCAAAAUAUCACCUGGCAUCCCUGAAUCAGGCUAAGGAAACUUUUGGUUAGUGGCAAAUACAGGCAAAUACAUAAGUGAAAAAUGAGUCUUUUCGAUAUAGAGGAUGUAAAGGUGAAACCGGACAUUGUAUGCGUCUACCCGGACCCAGAAGUCGCAUCACAUGUAGCAAUAGUAAUCGAUAAUGGGUCCUAUCAGUGUCGUGCCGGUUGGGCCUCCAAAGACGCACCUUCGCUGACUUUUAAAAAUGUAUUGGCUAAACCACGGAAGGAUCGCAGCAAAAAGGAUGCCGAACUCGCUGUUCCAACCGUCCAGAUCGGGAAUGACAUCACUAACAUCGAGGCGGUGCGGUUUCAGCUACGAACCCAAUUUGACCGUAAUGUGGUUACCCAUUUUCACGUACAAGAGCAGAUUUUCGAUUACCUGUUCAGUAAAUUAGGCAUCAAUUCAGAAGGAAGCGUACCACACCCCGUGUUAUUGACUGAAUGUCUUGCUAACCCCAACUAUAGCCGGGGGCUGAUGGCUGAACUGAUGUUUGAGUGUUAUGGUAUUCCGGGACUAGCGUACGGGGUGGAUAGUUUAUUCAGUUUCAGUUUUAACAGUGUUAUGCAGGAUGGUCUUAUAAUUUCCUGUGGGUAUCAUGCUACACACGUUAUACCAGUUCUGAAUGGACGUAUGGUACAGGACAAGGUACGUCGAAUAAAUUUAGGUGGGUACAAUAUGAUUAAUUUUAUGUACCGGUUGCUUCAAUUAAAAUAUCCAGUACACGUGAAUGCAAUUACUUUGAGUCGAGCUGAAACAAUGAUUCACAAUUACUGCUCGCUUGCCUACGACUAUAUAGAAUCCUUGAAGGACUGGGCGUUAUUGGACUACUACGAUCGAAAUGUAAUCAAGAUACAGCUUCCAUUCAAUCAAUCAGCUUCCGCACCCACAUUAACAGCUGAACAAAGAAGUGAAAAAAGAAAAGAGCUUUCGCGAAGAUUGGCUGAGAUUAAUUUACGAAAGCGGGAAGAGAAGCUAGCCCAGGAUAAGGUUCUUCUAGUUAGACUGAGUGCAGCGGAGGAAAACUUAGAUGACGAAAAUAUUUCCUUCACCUUGCAAGAGUUUGGACUAAAAAAUAUCGAUGAACUAAAAAAGACCAUUGUCACACUGAGAGAUCGCAUUGCUAAAAUAACACAAAAAAUGAAUGCUCCACAAAUCUCCCAGGAGGAAGAGAAACCACGUCUAUUGCAACCACCGGUCAAUACGACCAUACAGCAAUGGGUCAUCGAAACCCGUAAGAAGCGGGAUGAUAUUUUGGAUCGCAAACAGACUCGCAAGCAACGCAGGCAAGAUCUUGCGAAACGACGGACCGCAGCGGCUCAGGAGCGAAUGCGAAUAAUUUCUCAUCUGGCCAAGAAAGAGAAGGGUGUAGAUGACUUUGGAAUGCGCGAUGAAGAUUGGGACGUAUAUAAGUCGAUAAGCCGCGACGGGGAUAGCGAUAGUGAAGCAGAGAACGAGAAACUUAUUGAAUACGAAGAAAUUCUCAAACAACACGACAGUAGCUAUAUUGAGCCCACGACUGCGACCGGCAAUAUUGCAGAGUUUCAUCAGUUGCACCUCGGAGUUGAAGGGAUUCGAGUGCCGGAAAUUCUGUUCCAGCCAAGCAUGGUUGGAAUACAGGAAGCAGGUCUCGCUGGAACUAUCGAUUAUGUGUUAAAACUAUUCCCCCAAGAAACUUUGCCCAGGCUGGUUAAUAAUAUCCUACUAACCGGAGGGUGUGCCAAUAUCAGGGGACUCAAAGAACGGCUGUCAAGAGAACUUAUGCAAAUGUUGCCAUUUCGGUCGACGUUCAAUCUGAAGCUUGCGUCGAAUCCAGUUUUGGACGGUUGGAGAGGUGCGAAUCGUUUCGCUAUGAGUGAUAACUUCGACCAGUCGUUGAUCACCAAGCAGACAUAUGACGAGUGCGGUGGGGAGCACUUACAUGAGCAUUUGGCGAGUAAUUUUUACUAUCAAACACCAGCAAGCUGCGGGUUAAAUGAUACUUUUACAUGAUUUUUUGCAAAUAAAUGUAUGAAACUUAAAACUUAAUCAAA